AUGGUUAACAAACCUCAUGCGCCCCGAAGUGGCAACAAGUCGGGCAAGAAGCCGGCCAGCAGUGCUGCCAACCUGAACGAAGAAGACACCAGCUACAUCGUGUUUGGCGACGACAAGAAGCCCAAGAAGAACAAACAGCCCGCACCACCUCAGCCAUCUGCCAGCGAUGUCAAAGCCGGUGACAGCAAAGGCAAAGCGCCGGCUGCUGCGAAUGGUGCACCCCAAGCAGAAGAGCCCAAGACGCCUGACACACGAACCCUGAUCGCAGGCGCAUCAUGGACGGGCAAGCUGCCUCAGACACUCUUCAACGAGCACUGUCAGAAGCAGCGAUGGGAGAAGCCGGAGUACACGAUCCAUCGCGCACCUGGCAACAAGUUCACCGGCGGCGUCAUACUGAAGCGGAAGCACCCCAAGACGCAGGCCCUCACCAUCCUGGCCCCCAUCGUUCCUCCGACCGACUACAACCGAGAACGAGGCGCGCAAGACUCAGCAGUGGAGGCACGACAUUUCGCGGCCGCCUACGCCCUGUUCCGUGUUAGCAACAUGAACAACAUCCACAUGAUGCUUCCGCCCACCUUUCGCGACUUGUGCAAGCGCGAUUUCCAGGAUCUCAAGAGCGAGGCUGUUGCACAGGGACAAGGAUAUCUGUAUGAGGCAGACCCAUUCCUGGCGUUUCAGAAGCAUGAGGAGGCAAAGAAGGCAAAGGAGAAGGCAAGAGCAGACAAGGCGAAGCAGCAGGUCGAGGACAAGAAGCUAGAGGUCACAAGUCUCGACGGCCAAGUGCAAAGCAAGCACGUUCUCAAGGGCUGGAUGAGAGUACCGAAGGUGGAAAUGGGCGUCAAGACCAGGAGGGAGGUCGAAAGACUGAUCCGAGAAGGAGGAGCCUGGAAUCCCAACGGUCACAAGCUUGGCGCUGUGGGCCGAGAAUUCAUCGUGGACGACCUGGCAAGCAUUGGCUUCCGUAAAAGUCACGUUGAAGAGGCAGCGGAGCUGUGCAAAGAUCGAGAAGAGUGCCUCGAGUGGCUACUCAUCCAUGUGCCUGAGGAUGACCUGCCCAAGUGGACACUACCGGACAACUAUCUGGCUGGCGUCAGCCUUGCGAGUGGCGACAUGAGGCGUGAGGGCAAGAUCAAACGUCUUGCUGCCACUGGGUACUCGAUGGAAGUCUGCGCAGACGUCCUUGAUUCCUGCGGAGGCGACGAGGCGCUCGCUGCAAACACUUUACAGGCUCGACUGCUCGGACAGGACGAGGUGCAGGGCGCCGGUGUUGAAGACUACGAGAUCUGGGACGAAGAACAAGCCACUCUCGAAGCGAUAUUUGGCGACAGAUACUCCAACCACGACAGAAUAUGCAGCAUCACGCUCGACGUACAGACUCAGACCAAGAAACCUAUCACUCUCCGAGCUCGUCCGCCUCCGGGCUCUUACCCGGAUGCUGUGCCAAUAUUGUCAGUCGAGGCUGAGCUACCUGCGUAUGUACGGCUCAGCAUACUCAAGAAGGUUCUUGUAACUGCGCAGUCUGAGUACGUCGGCGAGCAGAUGAUCUUUAGCGUGCUGGGCUGGCUCGAACAAAACAUCCCUGCUGUCAUCGAAAACCCAGGGCGACUCAGCGAGGUGUCUAGCGUCGCAACGCCUUCCGCUGAGGCCAGCGUGCAACACUCCCGCAAGAGAGCUCGUAAGCAGCCGACACCCAUCAAGUGGACGCCACAGACAUCCACCAGUCAGCGUAUUCUUGAGGAGUGGCGGACGCGACAAACGACGCCUGACCAGAAACGCAUGCUUCAAGCUCGUCAGAAAUUGCCAGCAUGGAACCUGCAAGACGCAAUUGUGACUUCUGUUACUUCCAACCAAGUGACGAUCAUAUCUGGAGAGACCGGGUCUGGAAAGUCCACACAAUCUGUGCAGUUCGUUCUCGACGAUCUCAUCAUGCGCUGCUUUGGUGAGCAGGCGAACAUAAUUUGUACCCAACCACGCAGGAUCUCUGCUCUCGGGCUAGCAGAUCGUGUAGCAGAUGAGCGCUGCGUCAAAGUGGGUGACGAAGUCGGCUACGCGAUCCGUGGCGAGUCCAAGCAGAGAUUCGGCGUUACCAAGAUCACCUUCGUCACCACUGGUGUGCUCUUGCGUCGGCUACCAACAAGUGGCGGCAGCACCGACGACGUAGUGAGAAGCCUCGCGGAUGUCAGCCACGUCGUUAUCGAUGAGGUGCACGAACGCAGUCUCGACACGGACUUCUUGCUGCUGCUGUUACGUGAUGUUUUGAAGAAGCGGAAAGAUCUCAAGUUGAUCCUCAUGAGUGCCACGCUUGACGCUGCUACCUUCGAGAACUACUUCAAAGCAGUCUCCAGUGUUGGUAAGGUCGAGAUCGAAGGUCGGACAUAUCCAGUUCAGGACAUCUACCUCGAAGAGAUCGUGCGUGCCACCGGCUUCGGCUCGGUCGAAGAUGAGGAAGGCAGCACCGCUUCGCCGUACGAAAGUCGACCGUCUUCUGGUACCUCGACUCCACAGCCGGUCGCACCCAGCAUUGGAAGUGCCCUUCGUGCUGUUGGGACUAGGAUCAACUACGAUCUCAUCGCUCGCACAGUGGAUCUCAUUGACCAGCAACUCGGCGGUACUGAGGGAGGCAUCCUGAUCUUUCUUCCUGGUGUCGCUGAGAUUGAUCAGACACUACGUGCUCUGCGCGGUAUACCUGGGCUGCACGCAUUACCCUUACACGCUUCCUUGCAGAGUUCUGAACAGCGCCGAGUCUUCCCUAAGCCGCCACCUGGCUUGCGAAAAGUCAUUGCUGCUACCAAUGUCGCCGAGACAUCCAUCACGAUUGAAGACAUCGUCGCGGUCAUCGAUACCGGCAGAGUCAAAGAGACGAGUUUCGACCCUGCAAACAACAUGGUCAAGCUAGCAGAGGUGUGGGCAAGUCGAGCAGCUUGUAAGCAGCGACGUGGUCGUGCUGGUCGUGUCAGAGCUGGCGAAUGCUACAAGCUGUACACUCGAUCAGCUGAAGCGAAGAUGGCCGAACGACCAGAUCCCGAGAUUCGUCGAGUUCCGCUGGAGCAACUCUGUCUGUCAGUGAGAGCCAUGGGCGUUAUAGACGUGCCAUCUUUCCUCGCUAGCGCACUGACACCACCAGAGAGCCUAGCUGUCGAUGGAGCACUUAAGAUGCUGGGCAGAAUUGGUGCACUUGAUAACACUGAUCUCACUGCACUAGGUCGCCAUCUGUCCAUGAUACCCGCCGACUUGAGAUGCGGCAAACUCCUCGUGUACGGGGCCACGUUCGGGUGUCUCGAAGCUUGCCUGACAAUCGCGGCUGUUCUGACUGUGAAGAGUCCAUUCGUCAGCCCCCAGCCCAAGCGCGAAGAGUCAAAAGCAGCCAGAGCAUCAUUCGGUAAUGGCAACGGCGAUUUGAUGUGCGACCUUCGAGCUUAUGAGGCUUGGGCUGACAAGCGGUCCUCCGGCGAGCCAACAUCAUCCAUCCGCCGCUGGUGCGAUGAGUACUUUCUCACGCACCAAACGCUUCUUGACAUCUCGACGAACCGUACGCAAUACAUCGCUUCACUGCAAGAGAUCGGCUUCCUGCCACCUCACUACCGCCCCGACCACCAGUCAGCACAAAGCUUCAAUCGUCACAACGGCUCCGAAACACUGCUUCGCGCCGUCGUCGCGGGCUCCUUCCAACCUCAAGUGUCACGUAUAGAGUUCCCAGACAAGAAAUACGCCGCAUCCUCAUCCGGCGCCGUAGAGCUCGACCCGGAAGCAAGAACGAUCAAGUACUUCAACGAGGAGAACGGUCGAGUCUUCGUGCAUCCAUCAUCGACACUCUUGUCAGCCGACAAGUUUCCUGGAAACAGCGCUUAUAUGUCCUACUUCAACAAGAUGGCGACCAGCAAGGUCUUCAUCCGAGAUCUUACACCAUUCAAUGUGUACAGCUUGUUGAUGUUCAGUGGACCGAUCACGAUUGAUCCCCAAGGACGAGGACUGCUGGUGGAUGGAUGGUUGAGAUUGCGAGGCUGGGCACGCAUAGGGGUUCUGGUCAGUAGGAUGAGGAUGAUGCUUGAUGAGGUAUUGGCGAGGAAGAUUGAGGAGCCGGGUACCGAUCUUGGGGAGUCAGAGGUUGUCAAGAUUGUGAGGAAGAUGGUGGAAUUAGAUGGACUUGACCGGUAG